AUGGUGGGUUUGCGCAGAGCAAAGACGGUACUUCUUGUAUUAGUAGUGGUUAUUUCCAACACAAUAGCAACCGGGGCACCCCUUGAUCCAGGACCCAAAGGAACCGCAGGAUCACUUGACGUUAAAGCAGCAGGAGCCAAAGGAGACGGAACAACCGAUGACACUGCGGCAUUUACGGCUGUGUGGAAAACAGCAUGUGAAGCACCAGGACCGAGCACGAUUACAGUGCCAAAGGGUGACUAUUGUGAGUUCUUAGGUCCAUGCAAGGGUCCCGUCACUUUCGAAAUGAGUGGCAAUAUGAAAGCUCCAGCUACGGUCGCUGCCGUUAAGCCUAACUCUGGAUGGGUUGAUUUUACUAAUCUUGCUGAUUUCACUUUGAACGGAAACGGAGCCAUUUUCGACGGUCAAGGCUCACUCGCCUGGAAGGCCAAUGACUGCGCCAAAACUGGAAAGUGCAACUCUCUCCCCAUUAACAUACGAUUCACGGGUCUAACAAACUCGAAAAUUAUCGGCAUAACAUCAACGAACAGCAAACUUUUCCACAUGAACGUUCUCAACUGCAAGAACGUAACUCUUGAGAAUAUUGGUAUUGAUGCACCUCCGGAGAGUCUCAACACCGAUGGUAUCCACAUCGGAAGGUCCAUUGGCGUGAACUUAAUAGGGGCAAAGGUUAAAACCGGAGAUGACUGCGUUUCCAUAGGAGAUGGUACUGAAAAUCUCAUUGUUGAGAAUGUGGAAUGUGGACCAGGACACGGCAUUGCUGUAGGAAGUCUUGGAAGGUACCCUAAUGAGCAACCAGUCAGAGGAGUCACCGUGAGGAAAUGCCUCAUCAAGAACACCAGUAAUGGUGUUCGCAUCAAGACAUGGCCUGGAUCUCCCCCCGGUAUCGCCUCCAACAUUAUUUUUGAGGAUAUCACAAUGGACAAUGUUAGCACUCCUGUUCUCAUCGACCAAGAGUACUGUCCGUAUGCCGACUGCAAAGCUGGGGUACCAUCUAAAGUGAAAUUAUCGGACGUGACUUUCAAGAACAUUAAAGGCACAUCAGCGAGAAAGAUUGCGGUGAAAUUAAUCUGCAGCGUAGGCACACCUUGCACUAAUGUUGCUCUUGCUGACAUCAACUUGGUCCACAACGGUCCAGAAGGACCAGCUGUGGGGGCAUGUGCUAACAUGAAGCCUGUUCUCACCGGACAGAUGAUUCCACCUGCUUGCACUGAGAUCGCUAAACCGGGUCCUUGA